AUUGAUACUGAUAUUGGGUCCCUGUGUAUUUACUAGUAUUUGUUGAGCUUAUGUGGUUUGGAAGAUUCCACCCAAAAACAAUUGUGGAUUUAUUAGAGGUGGGUGGAUGAGACUUUAUAAUCAACCUUUAUGAUAUGUGAGAAGUACUAAUACCAAUUUACAAAAACAAAGCACUAUUUACUGUAAACUUGUGUGGAAUUAUCAGAGUGUGGACACACACAAUAUACAAUAUGCAAUUUGACUCUGAUAUAGAACUUUCCUUUUUCUCCAUAGUAGUAAUGGUGAAAUCUUGUGCUUUUGCUUCCUAACAGAAGAAGAAAAGGAGGGGGGAAAAGGAAUGCAAGUGGGGUCAGAUGGGUCAGUCUUUCACUGAAUACCAGGGAACAAUUGUCAUGUGCAAAACCAUGUCAUUGGCAUUCUCUAUGGGACAACUAAAACAACACACAGAUGAUAUGAGUUACUUCCAGUUGGGUUUAUAGUCUUUUUUCUUUAGAUCUCCCCCUAAACUCACAUCCCUCUGAGAUAAUACAUUCCCAAAAUCCUCUUUAUCUGCCUUUUAGUUGAAGAAGCCUUGAGCCCUAGUUCUUACAAGUUGUGUAUUGCUUUAAUUGUUCACUUAUUUAAAUUCUAUAGAAUAAUUGUCUGUCUGACAUUUAGGUGAGGAAGUUUUGUGGUUUUCAGUUGAACAAGCUUUAAUACCUGUUUCUUUAAGGUUUGUUCGUUCGUUCUGGUCCUCGCCCAUUUCUUGAUUCUGUGGUUUUAUAGUUCUCUUGCUUUUUCCAUUCUUCAAUCAAAUUUCACAAAGUAGGUUCUUUUUCUUUUCAUGUCAACAUUUUAGGUAAAUCUAUUUGAAUUAUUGAAGUUGUUUAGGAUUGUCAAAUUUAUAAUUGACGGAACAUAUCCUUGAGAAAUGGAUGAAAAGAGGGUCUUAAAUUCAUGUUUGGUUAUAUCUGAUGUUAGAAGUGAUAGCUUGUAUCCAAUCUUCUUUGGUGUUUCUUGGGCAUUCUCUGCGCUUAGGCUGUUAUCAGAGCCUGAAAUGAAUGAUGAGAAAUGGUCAGAAAUAAGAAAUAGAUUGCUUCAGGGAAGUGCUCACCUCUUGGGAUAUCUUGUUUGGAGUGCUCAGAGGGAAGAAGCCACUAGUGGAAAGUGUGAGAUCCUUCACAAGCUUCAGGAUGCGGAGAGAGAGAUUGAAGAGUUAAAGAGAAGGAGAAGUGAAGAUGCAAAGGCCAAUGAGAAAGUCGUCAGCAUAUUUGCUGCACAAGAGCAGAGCUGGUUAUCUGAAAGAAAGAAGCUUCGACAGCAAAUUGGAGCUCUUUUAAAAGAAUUAAGAAUUUUGCAGAGAAAAAGGGACGAAACUAUUUCUGAAUUGAAUGAUAAGUUACAGGAGAAUGAGAAUCUCUUGCAAUCCAAGGAUAAGGAAUUUGAGCAGAAAGAGCUGAAGAGUAGGGAGCUAGAAGAAAAACUAAAGGAGGCUAUCAAUAUGGCAGAGGAAUUAAGGGAGAUUGUAAAGCUUGAAGCCCAAGAGCAUUUCAUGGAACUUCGGAAGCACAAAACUGCUGUCCUUGAGCUCAUUUCUAACCAGAGACAGCUCGAAGCUGAGAUGGGUCGAGCCCUCAGGCAAGUUGAGGCUGCAAAACAAGAGGUGGAUUCAGUUUUGGAGCAAAAGGAGGAAUCUGAUUUGAUGGCCCAGAAGCUUUCUGUGGAGCUGGUUAAAACACAAAAGGAUUUGGAAAAGACAGACAAGAUUUUGUCAGCUAUGCUGAGGAAAUCCAAAUGGGACACUGCGGAGAAGCAAAUGCUUUUAAAGGAAGUAGAAUUAUCGAAGGCCACGAGAAAGCAAGAUGACUUGGAAACAGAAAAGUGGAGAACAGGUUCUCAAUCUAGACGUCAGAGGCAUUCAUUGAAAAGUAUGUUGUCUAAGCAUGCCAAUUCAAAAUCGGAGGCCUUGUCGGAUGGAAGAGGGGUGCAUUCCAAUGCAAUAGCGCCAUCACAGAGUGGAAGGAGUAGAUCACGGUCAACUGAUUUUCUUCUAUACUAUGACCAUCCUGAGCAUCAAAAAGAGCUAGAAUUUUGUUCUCCAUUUUAUGAUCAAUACUUGGUAGAAGGAAGUGAGCAAAUGGCUGAUAUUAAACAGGUGGUUCGAUCUGAAGCUGAAAAAUACAGUACUUUAGUUGAGCAGAGGCAUCACCUAGAGAUAAAUGCUUUUUCAGAACAACUGAGACUUAAGGAUGAGAAAUUAGAAGCUUUUCGUAGGCGUUUACUGAGCAUGGAACUAGAAUCAAAGCGGCUGCAGUCUCAUAUUGAAGGGCUUAUCCAUGACCUAUUGCAGCUCAGGCAGGGGAACAUGAAACUUAACGCUUUGUUAUUGGAUCGGGAAACUGAGUUAAAGUACUUGAAGCAGCAGUUUGUCUUGCAGUUAGAGCCCCCAAGUCUCAAAAAGACUGAAAAUUCAUGUCCUAAUGAUAUGGGUUUAACACAUGAAACUGUUUUGUCUGAUCUCAAGAUUGUAAAGAGAAAACUAGGGGAGAAAAAACAAGAAAUGAAGACUGCUUCAGCAAACAUUUCUCAGGAGGUGGAGCCUCAAAAAACCUUGAUCACAAGCCAUUCCAAAGAUAUAAUUUUGACUGUCCAGGAGAUUGAGGUAGAAAAAGAUGUCGUUUUGGACCCUGGUUCCAUUCAAGACGUACAUGCUGGCCCAGAGGAGGUUCACAUUGUUGAAAAGUCAGCAUCAUCGGACCACUGCUCGAGUAAGAGCAAUACUUCUUCAUGGAGAAUGGACCUUCACGCUCUUGGAGUUUCUUUCAAGAUCAAGAGGCUCAAGCAACAAUUGCUCAUGCUUGAGAGAUUGACAGGAAAGCGAGAAAGUUAUGAAGAUAUGGAAGGUGACAAUAAAGCGUGGGCUGGGAUAAAGGGAUUCCACAUACUAAUGUCAUUGUUGAGUAAACAAGUUAGUAGGUACCAGUCCCUCCAAGGAAAGGCAGAUGAAAUUUGCAAGCGGAUGCCAAAAGGAACAAGAAAAAGAAGAGAAAAUGCAAUCCUCCCCAAAACAGAAACCAAAUCCCUCCAUUUGAGUUUGACCUCUAUGUUUGAUGCAUGUGCUUUCAUGGAACAACUCCGUUGUGCCAAAGCCUAAGAUGGUUUGUCAUCAGUGGCAAUACCAAUAUCUUCUCGCUAACCAAAGGGGUUAAGGGAGUGCUCUGGACUCUGUUAAGUUGAAAUAUUGGAUGUUAUGGAGUGGAAUUCAUUUUAUGAAACAACAGCUUACCAGUCAUAUGCGGUCCUUUGAACAAUGGGGGUUUGUGAGCUGGUUUUGCUAAUACUUCAACUCAUCACCAUAUAUUGCUUGAAUUUGGAUAAUGUUACAUGACUUUAUCACUGUUGUAAAAAAAUUGGGCUUGACUCCAUGAGUAUUGGGUACAAGGGGUUGGGAAUUUUCUCAAAGAAGUUACACUGUUGAUAGUUCUUGUCAUUGUAUAUGCUUGAUAAAAUUUGCUGAUUGACAUUACUUGUGCCUGUAUCAUCCAAGAUGUCCCAAUUUUAAUAGUAAAAUAAGAAUAUUACGAAGUCAUAUUCCGACUCUGAUUUAAGUAACCAUUGAUGCACAAAUCAGUGUUUAUGGAAAUUAAACUAGGGGGGAAAGACUUUGCUAGAUGGUAAGAUCAUUUCAGGCAGAAUGUGAGCAUAAGUACUUUUUGACAGUUAGAAACAUUGAUUGGUUCUAGUUCAAAGCACAAAAGUGUCGAAGAUGUCCAGGAUUUAAAGCCUAAUAAAUCAAACACUUUAACUGAAAGAGUAGCAACCGGUAUCAUUCAACAUGUAAAUGAGAUUGAAAUGGAACCGCCACUACUUAUUGGGAAUUUGGGAUGGUGUGGUCAGGAUUAUGAAAGGGGGGAUGGUGAAAAGGGUGAUUUUUACAGUGGCGCCAUAACAGCUGUUAUUUGUCAAAACACUUGUGUAAAAUUCUUGUGCUUCCUUCUUAACUUCUUGAAUCCUCAUACAAUUAUAGCAAAUUGUGUCUGCAAUUUACUACCCAAAUUCACGAACCUUUUCUAAUUAGUCCUCCUCUAAAGUUUUGAAAUGAAGGUUAUGGGUGGAUCAGAGUGGCCAAUAGUAUUUGAAAGUAUGUAAAAGGUUUUGGGUCCAAAUUAAGGAUCUAAUUGAAAUUAUUUUACUCUGAAAAGUUGGCCAUGCUUUUGCAUGGUUGCCAUUUGUAGGCUCUAUAUGUGUCGAAAUUGUAAAUAAGCCUAAAUUAACAUUUGUAGUUAUGGCCAGAACAUGAACAUAAGAUUAGUGCUAUUAACAUAUCACACUUGUCACAUAAAAAUAUAAAAGAAAAAAAGAAAAACAAAGAAAAAGAAAUUCGACAUAACAAAAGCAAAAGUGAUGAUAAUCCAAGAAGAAAAAGAACAUGGAAUAAUUCUAAGGUGUUCUUGCUCUUAAGAGUUGAGAGCUUCAAACUGUCUUGUGAACUCCUUUGCAAUAUCAUCACUAGUUCUUGGACUUCACCAAUAACAUGUUUAAAUUUUUGUUUAUGUAAGUUUUACAGAACUUUAUGGUUCAAAGAUGGGUGAUAUGAGGUGGAUUUUAGAGUUAGGCUAUACACAUUAGGGGAAACACAAUAACUGAAAUGUGUUUCUUCUCUGUGUUUCAGAUAGAGUACGUAGCAAUAGUGCAUUACAUAUGAUUUUUCUUUUGAACUACUUUUCUCCAAUUAUCUCAUAUAGUUGAUCCCAAAGUUGUAACACGUGCUUUGUUGAGCUUGACCACUUGAGUUUCAAACCUAUAAAUUGCUAGUUCUUGUUGAGCUUUACAAGUUUUAUCAUGUUGAUCUUGCUGAAGAUAUUCUAGUUCUGAAAUCACUUUCUCCUUGGCAUGCUCAGGUAAUGGAACAGUAGUUUGUGAGUUAAAUCUUUGCGUGUGACCAUUGGUAUCAAUUUUGGGAAUGUCUUGCCUUAUUUUUAUGGAAAAUAUGAGGGAA